AGGUUCAAUUUGAAAACAUAACAGCUGUUAAUGGCAUUGCUCUUCAAGGUUGUGGAGAUGCUUCAAAUAGCUACAUGAAAAAGUUUUCUUUAAAUUAUUCUCUCAGCAAUGGUGACUAUGUUGAUGGCCAGUAUAAAGAUAGAGAAGCUGAUCCGAACCUGGAGAAUGUUAAAAAAAAACAAAGCAAGACAAACUUUAUCAGAGAUUGAAAAAAGGAGGAGGUUUUUAACUCAGAUGAAAGUAUCUUUUGGAUUGCACCUGAGCUCGAUACUCUGGUUGCAAUCAUUAAAGCUGAUAGGAAACGAAAGGAUCAAGACAAGACUGAAGAUAUUGCAUUUUUAUUAGACCAAUUAGGAGAUAGAAAAACUAGAAUAGGUGGAAUCGAUACAAGGUACCUUUACUCUGUAAACAGGAGUUUAUCCAAAAUUAAAAGGAAAUCAAAUUUGCAUGAAACCAUGUCAGAGAGUGAAUUCAGCUCAAAUGGAUUGGAGAAAGAUGAAGGUAAUGAUGAUUUUUCAUACCCAGAUCCAGAGUUAAAGAAAAAAGUCAAAAAAACUAAUACUGUUAUGCUUCCAAAAGAUAUUCUCAAGAGAACUGCUGAUAUUGCUGUUGGAAAAGGAAUAAGUCAUAGGCAGCAUGCUUCCAUGAUUAAUAGUAUAAUCGCUAAAUCGGGUGGAAAUGUAGCUGAAUUUAAAUCUUCAACCUCUAUAGCAUUACGCGCUGCAGAUAAGGUCAUUCAUGAUGAAUCAAAUAGGAUCAAGGAUGAUUUAAGAAGUUUAAAAAAAAUCAAUAAGAACAUUUUAGUUCAAUUCCAUUUUGAUGGAAAAGUAUGUCAUGAAUAUACUGAUGGAAAAAAAUUGGAACAAGAUCGAUUAGCAAUAUUAAUAAGCGCUAACAAGAAAACGCACCUGUUGGGAAUUCCACCCAUUUCUUCUGGAACUGGCGAAAAUCAAAAAAAUGCAAUCAGAGAUAUCUUAAAUUGCUUUAACCUUACAGACAAUAUACAAGCUGUAACAUUUGAUACUAGCAGAAUCAACGCUGGAAAAAAAAAUGGAGCUGUAUCUUUACUGGUAAAUGAAGUCUUUUAACGACCAGUUCUAUCUAUUGCAUGCCGACAUCAUGUCAAUGAGCUACACAUAACACAUUUCUGGAAAAAUUAUCAAAGUAGCAUUACUUCUGGACCAGAUAAUCUGCUGUUUAAAACUUUAAAAUCAGCAUGGAAUGAUCUUGAUGCAGACAACCAGGUUUUGAGAAGAUUGACUAUUCCAGUAUUAUCACCAGUGGGUCUCUAAAAAAGGAUGGGGCUACAAGGAAGGACUACAUUGAGCUGGCAGAGCUUACACUUAUUGUGCUUUCUGAGGACAGGUACAAAUUUCGUACUCCCGGAGCAGUCCACCAUGCCCGCUUUAUGGCAAAAGGUAUCUACUACCUAAAACUCCAACUUAUGAUGGAUGCUAUACCUAGUCUGGAAAAAUGGCUGAAGCAUGAAGUUACUGAAGUGGCAACUUUUGUCUCUGUUUUCUAUACUACCUGGUUUCUCAAAGCUGAACUAUCCGCUGCUGCUCCGAAUCAGGAAUUUGAUGGUGUAAAUGAUAAGAAUGAAGUAGUGUACAGAUGGUUUUCCUAUCCUAUUAUUGCUCUACAUAUAAAAAUUAUUCCUGUUAAAAUAUAUGAUUGGCCGUGUCUUCGAAUUGAGUUAUUUGGUUGUUUAAAUAAUCCUUUAGAAGAAAUUGGAUUGGAAAGUCAAAUAAUUAUUGACUCACAGAUUUCUACAAGUAAAGAUUCAAAAGGUGGUAUAUCCCAAGCACGCAUGUAUUAUGGGUCUGGUGAUUUCUAUUCCUAUCAUGAUAAAGAACUGUUUAUACAAAUUGAUAUGAAACAUGUGAUGAAAAUUAGUGGUGUGGCAAUAAAAGGUACUGAUGAUACAAGUUAUAGCAAUAGUGUUGUUCAAAGUUAUUUGGUUUAUCUUGGUACAAAAGAAAAUAUAGAUAAAGAAUUAGUUGGUAAUUAUCCUGGUAACUUUCAAUUUGGUUACUCUCCUGUAUUAUCAACUCUAAAUACUACAAAAGUUGGCAGUCAAAUAAAAAUUGUUAGAAAUACUUAUUCUGAUAUUAACAGCUAUAGCUAUAUGGCUAUUGAAAUUUACGGAAAGCGUCUUAUUUGUGGUGAUGUAUUUAUUCCAGCAUUUGCUGAAAUAUCUUCAAAAAUCGAAUUUACAAUAAUGGAUGCGUAUAUUGACAGCCCAUUCACAUGGUGUGCCUUACCUAAUGAUAGAAAACCAUAUAUAAUAAUUGAGUUGAAUCAAGUUUCUGCAAUAUCAGGUAUUAAUGUACAAGGUGAUUCUAACACUGAUUCAUGGGUAAAGAUGUAUCGAAUUUCAUAUGGUGUAGUUAAAAAUAAAAUGAAAAAUGAUGGGAAUGAUUAUAUUGGAAGUAAAGGUCGCAUAUUUCCCUACACUAUAAACUGGUUUCCAAGUUUGUACCUUGCAAAGUAUAUAAAAGUUGAACCCAAAGAUUGUAUAAAGUCUUGUUGUAUGCGUGUUGACAUUAGAGGUUGCACCAAGUCUUUGGGUGCUCCUAUUCAAUUAAAUAUAAUUGAAGAAAACAAAACGUUGAUGUUGAGGUGGAAGAAACCAAAUUCUCCAGUUUUAAUUCUAAAAUAUAAGAUAAGUUUACAAUCAUUCAAGCCAUACAAUGAUUCUUUCUUUUUUUUCCAAACUUAUGACACAGUUAAUACAAACAUUACCAUCAAUGUUGACUUUCAUGCAGCCAUCUUUAACAUAUCUGUAGAUGCUGUGUAUAAUGAAGAUUAUUUUGUGAGAGAAAGUAUACAGUAUUAUUCCAAACCAAUUUCACCUCCAGCACCAAUUUUUAGAGUGUUGAAAUACUUUGUUAACUACACUGAAGUGUUGGAAUGCCAGUUUUACAGUGUAUCUAAUGUCAAUGGACCUGUCAGUUUUUACGAGAUUAUUAUUGCUUAUGAGAACAUAUCUUUACUGAAUAUGGAAACUUUAACUUUGAAAGGUCAAUCGACUGCUGAAUCAUUAAAUCUUCCAUAUUUUUUAGCUGCAACUUUUACUUCAAAUUACUUUUUUUCCAGUUCUUUAAAAUUUUAUGAAGGUUUUGAAACAGUGGAUAAUUUAAAUGCUAAAGUGCCUACUACUAGGAAAUUGUUUCUUUAUAUUCGUGCUAUUAUUAAGGAUAAUAUUUUUAGCAACUUAACAUAUUAUGGUAAUGCCAUAAUGUUGAUUAUAGAUCGCAAAACCUUACCUUUAAAUACUAUGCAAUGGGACCAAAUUCAUGGACAUAUCAUUGAGUUAGCAAAAGGACCUUCAAAUACAAUGAUUUAUGAAGUUGUUGCAAUGAAAAUUAACAUAAAUACAAUUGUUAAAAAUGCCACAUCUACUUAUAAACUCUUUAAAGAUUAUGAAACUGCAGAUUAUAAUGAACCUUACAUUGCUGCUUCAUUUAAUGCAUCUAUGUUUGAAAAAUACAGAAAAUUUAUUUUAGGCAGCAAAGAAGUAUUUUCAAACAAUGGUUCCAAGAUGUUUCAUAAUAAUCAAAAUUAUAUUGAUCACUAUUUUAAUGGUGAACUGAUUGCUGGUCAAACAUACACCUUUUUUCAAAGAAAUAUUCUUGAUGAUGGCCGAAUACUUACUAGUCCAUGGUUUCCUGAGUUUAAUGCUUCUAUCAUCAAUUCAUCUCCUCUAGUUGGAAAAAAAAAAGCUGCAAAUUACUCAUAUCUUUUUGCAUUGGCAGCCAUACCAAUUAUUAUAGUGCUUCUAAUAUCAUUUUUGAUUAGAAGAAGAAAAAAUGUUGAUGAUGAUAAAUUAGUGUUUUCUCAAGAAAUGGAUGAUAUAAGUAUCCAAAAAUCAUUUCAAGAUUUUACUCUAAAAGAGACAGAAUGUUAUGGCAACUUAAAUACUGUUCAGAAAUGGCAACCAAUAACAGUGAAAGAAUUUAUUUAUUUUUACUUGGAUGUCAAAAAAAAAGAUAACAUAGAACUUAUUACACAGUUUGAGAGUGUUCCUGCAAACAAAAUAUAUACCUACAAUGAGGCUACAAAAUACCCUCAGAAAAAUAGGUAUGCAAAUGUUCUCCCAUAUGACCACUCACUGGUCAAACUAGUUUCAGAUUUCACUAAUUAUGAAAAUACUUAUAUUAAUGCAAAUUACAUACACUCCUACUCCAAAAAAGUAACUUAUAUUGCAACCCAGGCUCCUAUUAAUGAAACAAUUGUUGAUUUUUGGCGAAUGGUGUUACAUGAAAAACCUAAAGCUGUUGUUAUGCUUACUAAUCUAGUUGAAAAAGGUAAAAUAAAAUGUGCUCAAUAUUGGCCAGAAAGUAAUGAAGAAUAUGGUGGUAUUAAUGUUUGUGUUACGAAAACAGAAAACUUUGCUGAUUAUAUUAUUCGUUAUAUUUCUUUAAAUUUUAAGGAAAUCAAUCAUCAUUUUAUUCAUAUGCAGUUUACAUCAUGGCCUGAUUAUGGUUGUCCUGAAUACCCAACAAUGUUACUAAACUUUUGCCAUCGAUUUCGAUGUUUAGUGCCAUAUACCGAUAAAUCUCUAACUGUUGUACACUGCAGUGCUGGAGUUGGUCGCACAGGUACUUUUAUUAUAGUCGAUGAAAUGUUGCAGUUAGUCAACACAGAACGAAAAGUUGAUAUUUUCAAUUACUUUGAAGCUAUUCGCCAAGACAGAAUGCAAAUGAUCCAAUCAAAAGAGCAAUACAUAUUUGUUUAUGAUGCAAUUUAUGAAGCAGUAACAUGUGGUCAAACUGGUAUUUCAAUUUCAAAUUUUCCAACUACUCUUAACAAACUACUUGUAAAAGAUUCUUCCACAGGAAAAGUACUUAUUGAAGAAGAGUUUAAAAUUCUUCAAAGUAUUGUUCCAAUUCAAGAAAAUUGUUGUUUUAAAACAGCUUUGCUGAAUGAAAAUAUGCAAAAAAAUAGAUAUCCUCAGAUUUUACCACGAGAGGAUGCAUUGGUUUCUAGAGAACCCUACCUGAAUGCUGUAUUUGUUGAUGGUUAUAAAAGAAAGAAAGCAUUUAUUGCAACUCAGUGUCCACUUGAAACGACUGUCACAGAGUUUUGGGAUGUUUUAAAGAAACUUAAUGUUUCAACUAUAGUAUACCUUACCUCUCAUUGCGAACAAAAAGAAAAAUCUUAUUAUAAAUUUUAUCCAUCGGAUUGUGAUUUAAAACUUAAUGGUAUCACUGUAAAACUGACUGCUGAAGAGAAGUUAGAAUCCAUAAUAAAAAGAAAUUUGAGUGUUACUACUGAGACGGAAACUAUCAUGUGCAUGUUGGAAUUUAGCUUUUGGUCGGACAACUGUUUACCAAGUUUUGAUCUAAUUUUACAGUUGAUUAGUGAAGUGAUAAAAUCACAACAAUGUCUAGGAAAUGAUAUCAUUGCUGUUGUUUGCAAAAACGGUGUAAAUCGCUCCGGUACUUUUAUUUCAUGUAUCAACGCAAUUGAACAAUCUCAAAUAGAAGAGCUGGUUGAUGUAUUUCAAGUUGUGCGAAGAGCUCAAUUAUCACAGCCUCUGUUUGUUCAAACUUUGCUUCAAUAUGAAUUUGUUUACAAAUUGGUGAAACAUUAUUUGGAGACUUUUUCUUCUUAUUCAAAUUUUAAAUGAACUCAAAUGGAAAAGGAAAUUUUAUUUACGUUUUUAGUUAUAUAGAAGAUAUCUCUAUUUUUAUAUUUAUACAUUAUUUUAUUAAAAGUUUAUUUUUAUUUUUUUAUUUUUAUAAAGAAAAUGUUUUAUUUUUUAAUAUAUACUUUUAUGUUGUGCUAAUUGUUUAAAAAAAUUUUUCAUAUAUAAUUUUAUGUUGUGUUAAUUGUUUUAAGAUAAUAUUUUAAUAUUACAUUAUUUAGCGUUUUUCGAAUUAUUAAGCUUUUUUAUGUUUCGGAAUAAAAAAAAAAAUUUCAUUUAUAUUUUUAUAUUAACUUUUAAAUAUAUGUAUUUUUUACUAAUAAA